ACGUAUAUAUAAUUUAUCUAAUCCUAGAUAUCACUGCCUUUUUCGUAACCCUCUACCAAACAGCCACCGAUGGUUUAAAACUCUCAUGAAUCGCGUGUUUUGGGCGGUACAAGUUAAUAAGUAGAUGAAGAGAAAAGCGUCCAUCCAAAACGCACGUUUCGACAAAAGCAUUUAUAAUUAUCGCCGAGACGAGACCCCACCGGACGGAAUUAUAUAAACCAACCACCACCACCACCACCGUCCCACAAGUCCUCGAAUCGGUAUCAUGGCGACGACGAGCGAUCCAGAUCCAGAUCCCCAAAACAAGCAGAUCUUCAUCUUAUCAGGGCAGAGCAACAUGGCCGGGCGCGGCGGCGUGUCGAAGAAGCCCAAGCGCUGGGACGGCGUCGUUCCGCCGGAGUCGCAGCCGCACCCCUCGAUACUCCGGCUGAGCGCGAAGCUGGAGUGGGAGGCGGCGCGUGAGCCCCUCCACGCGGACAUCGACACGAAGAAGACGUGCGGGGUGGGGCCGGGGAUGUCGUUCGCAAACGGCGUGAGGGAGCGCGUGGGAGUGGUGGCGCUGGUGCCGUGCGCGGUGGGGGGGACGGCCAUAAAGGAGUGGGCGCGUGGAGAGAAGCUGUACGAGGACAUGGUGAAGAGGGCGAGGGAGAGCGUGAGGGGCGGCGGAGAGAUCAAGGCGCUUCUGUGGUUCCAAGGGGAGAGCGACACCAGUACGGAAGCUGAUGCGGUCGCGUACCAGGGGAAUAUGGAGGAGUUCGUUGCUAAUGUGCGCCGCGACCUCGCCUUGCCUUCCCUCCCCAUAAUUCAGGUGGCACUUGCAUCUGGAUUUGAGUACAUUGAAAAAGUGAGAGAAGCACAAUUGGGAAUGAAAAUAGAGAAUGUGGUGUGUGUGGAUGCAAAGGGGCUGCAACUCCAAGAAGACAACCUCCACCUCUCAACUCAGUCUCAGGUUGUUUUGGGUCAAAUGCUGGCUCAGGCUUACCUCUCCCCAACCCAUGGUGUCCUCUAAGCCUAAUCCUAAUAUUGUUUGGUGUUUGCCACUUGUGUGUUUUUUUGUUAUAAAUGUAAUGUACCUACAUGUUGUAGGUCUUAUCCCAUCCUUUAUUACGACUAGUGCGUAACACGUGAUAUGCACGUGGUAUUUUUAGUUUUAUUUUAGUAUAUGGAAUAUAUGUUUCAAAUUUUCAUUCUCUUAUAAGUUAAA